GCGGGUACCCGGGCAAUUACUCCCCUCCCGGGUUAUUGUACCAAAAAGAGGUGUCUAACUGGCUAAUGGCUAUGCAAUGGGAAAUGGGAAUGGCGUAGACUGGCUGGCUCCGGGUAAACCGAUCUCACCGCGAUUCUACAGUUCAUUCAAAAAGGGAAAAAGCUUCAAAUGUUCUUAAACCUUUGCUUUUCCAGCGGACUUCUCCUACAUUUUACUGCGAAGAAGAAACAAAAACCUCUGGUGCGUGCUAACAAGGGCUAGAAAAAGGGGCAAGUGAAUGGCGGGAAAGCCGGCUGUCUUGGCCGGUUACGGCGGCGGGAGCCGACGCCAAGACGGUGCCGCGGACUGCUCCCGCAUCGUCACUGUCGCUCAUCGAUUAGCUACCUAUGUGUGCGCUCAGCCCAGAAUCAACGCCCAAGAGUUCUGCCAGUUAUCCUUCCUCCUUGCCAGUGACAUUGAUUUUGCCAUUGCUAAUCGGGAUGUACCAACUAAAGCUUCAGAGUUGCCUUCACUUGUCAAACAGGUGUGCCGACAUAACUAUGAACCUUCUCUGCAAGCUGCUAAUAUGGUUCUAAUGAUUUCUGUAAAGAGUGCUUGUCAGAGUGGGUGGUUUUCUGAAAAAGAUUCUGAAGAUCUUCACUAUCUUGCAAAUGAGAUCUCUCGUUACUUCUGCACUGGAACAGAUUUUUCAAGUGAACCUAGUGGUUCUCAAUCCAUUAUCCAAACAAUUAUGACGAGAUUUUUUCCCACAUUGAAAAUGGGCCAGAUAUUUGUCUUUCUGGAAGUCAAGCCUGGAUAUGGUGUUUUUGUGAACGACUUCUGCAUACCAAAGAAUGUUCAAUUUUCUCCGGGAGAGAAUAUAAGAUUAUUUGUUGCCCAAGUAGAUAAUAUGGAGACAUCAUCAUGUCUCAUAAGCCCCCCUGAAGUGAACUUUCUCCACAAUGGGAAUGUACUGCCAAAGCGAACAAAUAUGUUUAUGGAUUCUGGACCUCAGGUUCCAACAGUUCUAUCAUUAAAGUAUGGAACAAAUCUUCUUCAAGCUGUGGGCCAGUUUAAUGGAAAUUACAUUAUUCUUGUUGCCCGUAUGAGCACGAUCUCAAUCCCUGAUCCUGCCACCCAGCCCACCCUUCUAAAUUUUCUGCAACCAGCUCCUGCUUUGGAAGAUCCAGAAUCGGAUGUAAUUGAGGGACCAUCAAGAAUAUCCCUGAACUGUCCCAUAAGUUUCAAGCAUAUUAAAACUCCUGUUAAAGGCCACUCAUGCAAACAUCUUCAGUGUUUUGAUUAUGAGAACUAUGUUGACAUAAAUUCAAGAAGACCAUCCUGGCGUUGUCCUUAUUGCAAUCAGCCAGUUUGCUUCACUGACAUCCGUAUUGAUCAAGAUAUUGUCAAGGUUUUGAAAGACGUCGGAGAAAAUACUACUCAUGUGAUCAUCUCUUCAGACAGUUCAUGGAAGGCAAUAAUGGACAGUGAUGAUCAUAAUGAUGAAAAGACACCAGAUAAAAGCCUUAAAUCUGCGGAGGGUGAAGCAGUGCUGCCAUGUUCUAGUGGUAUCUCAAAUGCACCUGUAGAUAUUUUGGAUCUUACUACAUUAGAUGAUGAAAUGGAUGAAGUGGGUAGGGGAGACAGUGUAGACCAAAAGGCAAUCCAGAGCAACUACCAAGGUCAACCUUGCACAAAAAAUCCGAGCAAUUCUAAUCACACUUCUCAUGAAGUGGAUGAUUUCUGGAGAGGAAUUUAUCUCUCCACAUAUGUAUUGGGCACUUCUAGUUCUACAUCAAAUCUGCAGACCGUUGGUGUUUCCAAUCACACUCCGAUUUCCAUGCCAUCACCUGUUCUAACAGAUGCUGUUAUUCCUGCCUCUGUGAUGCAGGGUGGAGUUUCUUCUCCCAGUACCUUACAGCAUUACCAAUUUGGGAAUUCAGAUUUCCCAUCAAUAGUUAGUCAUACAAGUGGAACGCCGGUUGCAGUUCAAGCUGCUCCAGCUCUUGCAUCUCAACAUAGACCAAGAAAUGGGAUGAACUUCACGAUCUGCAAUGGCCCUUCAGCAACUUCUCAGGAUUCUCCUGCCCAGUCACUGAUUAACAGGAAUGCAGUCCCUUUUAGCCUUGGAAUGCAGGAGCAAUUCUCCAUGUCUAACCCAAAUAUGCUCCAGGUGUCACAGUUACCCCCAUCAACACUAUCCAGUACAGGGCUGGAGCAUCCUUUCAUUUCUGCUCACCCAGCUCAACAGUUCACUGGCUUUCAAGGUCGAGGUCAAAUGCCCGGUCCUUACAGAGGUUCACCAGUUUUCUCAAGUCAGCAGCAGGGAAUGCUGAACCAGAGGGCACCCUAUGUGACAAGUAAUUCUCAAGGUCUCACUCGACCAUCUGCUUCAAGUUUCUUGCAAACUCCUCGUGUUCAAGGCAGUUCACGGAGUGGUGUUGGUCAGGCAAGAGGCGGUGUUAGCUGUCAACAUGCUCAGUCAAUGGUUGGAGUCCAGCCAAGUUCCCAAACUGCCAGACCUGUUCAAAUACCUCAAAAUGCUGCUCAUCUUCUAGUGAACCCAAAUUCAUUCAGAGUACCACCAGGGGCAGGGGGUUAUCAACAUGGAAACAUGUCAGGCACAGUAGCAGUGAAUUUACCUUCAUAUCAAGACGGGCGCCCCAUGGUCCGUAUGCGUGGUGGCCUAUCAGGACAAGCUUAUAAUGAUGCUCUGAGGCACUACAAUAUUCAUCCAACCCAACAAGCACAGGCACAAGCUCAAGCCAUCCCGCCUAAUUUCUCGCCCCAGUUACAAGUACUCAUUGCUAACAGAGUUGCUGUUGGAUCGGCACCGGUGAAUAACUCCUCAUCAACAGGGUAAGCUCAAGCCAUUAGCCAUCCCAUCCUGCCUAAUGUCUCACCCCAGUAGGUGAAAGCCGUGAAGCUGUCUGUAUAUAAUAUGGCCAUUUUAACAAUUUUCUUCAGUGAUAUAGCUUUUGUAUGUAUGCAUUGACAUCUGAACUAUAUAAUACUCCGCAGAAAUGACAGACAGUACAUAUAUAGCUUUUGUA